UCACACCUCCCAAAGCUAGAGAGAAGAAGAAGAAGAGAGGAAAGAAACACAUACAUAUUACUUACUUCUUCACUUAGAGAUUCAACGUUUUCAUAUAAUUUCUAUCUAAAAGAUUAUUAGGCCACGCUUUCAAGGUUCAUAUUUAUAUUGAAAAUCAUAAUCAAAACAUAUAUAGUUGUUGUAAUUGUAAUGGCUUCUUCGCCGCAAAGGAAAUUUCACGCUUCAUUAUCAUUGGAACGCCGGCCGCGGUUGCUCAAGGAUUUCCUCAACGACGACUAUCACCAUUCGUCGGCGGCGGCGCAGUUGCUGAUGAGGAGCCGGUCGAAGGCGGCUUCCGCCACCAUCUCCGGCGCCCUACACAAGGUGAUCAACAUCGUCAAGUUCUUCCCCUUCGCCUCCGCCGUCAAGUCUCCCUCCGUAUUCAUAUCGAGAAAACUGUCCAGAAAGACGACGGCGGCGGCGAGCGGUAAUAAGAACCUCGGCCACGACGACAUCGAAGAGCGGCCGACGGCCAUGGUCAAAGUCAAGGAUAUUCUCCGGUGGAGGUCGUCCCGGGACCUGGUGGCGGAGAAAUCUACGCCGCUGGACGACGACUUCUUGAUCUGCUACUCGCCGAACAGGUGCACCACCGCCACCGCCACCACCACUACCGGUAGCAAGAGAUCUAGCUGGUGCGACAGCGAUUUCACCGCCGAGGAUUUACCGUCGUGGUGCGGUGAAAUCGACGAACAAGCCGCCGUCGGGACGAUGAAAGCAGCUGGUAACAAUAACGAUGAAACUGUCGGUGGGUAUUUCAUGGACAAACAAAUGGACCCGCAGUUUGAUGAGAACGAUCAACACAGCCCAGUUUCAGUUCUGCAAUCACCUUUCAGAGAAGAUGAAGAUUUCACUUUCCAUCGCAGCCUUGCUACCAUAGAAAGCAGAAAAUGCAUGUUGAUGCAAAGAAUUCAGCAGCUGGAAAGCCUUGCCGGCGGGGUGGGAGGAACCACCACCUGGCCGGAAAACGGCGCAGAUGAAGAAGGCAACGACGAGGAGGCAAAACUACAUAUGAUGAUGAUUCAUUUGACGAGAGAAGACAUUAUAAGGUGUUCCGAGGAGUCAUAUGAAUGGGAAGUGGAGGAGAAGAGGGAGGCUUAUAUUAGAGAUAUGGAGAAGGCUGCCGGAAUGCGGUGGUACAAUUUUGAGGAGGAGAAGGAAGAACUGUGCCGGGAGGUGGAGGUUGAGGUGUUUAGGGACUUGGUUAAUGAAGUUUUAGCAGAGAUCCAUGUUUAUGCAUAAAUUACACUCUACUAAUUAGAUUAUUAGGUUGUAUACUAGCCCGCACACAUGUAAUGGUUGCAAGUUAUUCUCAGCAUCCAAAAAUAUUAAGGUCAUUACUCACUAGUAUUUGCUCAAGC